GAUCGUCUGGGAGUCGACCACCGAUGUUGGAUGUGGUGUCACCAAUUGUCCGAAUUUCCCCUAUGGUUUGAGUAUUGUAUGCAAUUAUGGUCCAGGAGGGAACUACGCUGGUCGUCCACCAUAUUCAACAUCAUCGUCAUCACCACAAGCCACCAACACAAACACCAACUCACAACAACAGAAUACUGGAACCAAUAACUACAACUACAAUGGAUACAGCGGAAACACGAACACCCAACAAUCACAAUACUACACCAACACAUACGCUCAACAAUCGAAUUACGGACAAGCGAAUUCAAACCAGGUGCCAUCCUACUACUCGUCAUAUUCGUAUUCUGGCUCUCCGAAAAUGGUUCCUAGUCGCCAAUACUAUUAUCAAUAUUGAUGAGUGGAUGAUGCGUGAAGACUGUUCGUUUGAGUGUGAAGUCAUACCGGUGUCACUUUUGAUAUCUGAAAAAUAAAGCCAAUUUCUUUUCCAA